GGUGAGAAGCCCAGUUGCCGCCAGGCCACAUCGCAAACCAAGAGUCUCUACACGCACCUGCCAGUACUCUUCCCAGCUUAGGGUUUGGGUCCCGGCCCCUCCCCGUGACGGUCCAGGGGUUCCUUCGGCCCCGCCUCCGGCCCUCACUCGGCUCCUGGCCCCACCCGUGCGUGGUGCCCUCGGGAACCCUCGGCUGGAGGGAUUCGCUCUCCCGCCGAGCCCGGUCGGGGCAGAGCCCGGCCUGCAGCUGCGAGGACCGGAGCGGCGGGAGGUGGCGCCUCUGUCCUGGAGCCGGGAUUCGCGGCCAUGACAGUGUCGGCCCGCGCCUUCUGGCUGCUCCGCGGCCGCCUGGGCCGAGUGUCGGCGCUGGGCCGGAGCGCGGUGUCGCUCUUGGCGGCGCCGGGAACGGCCGGGCGCGCGUUCCGGGGCUUUCGGAGCAGCGGCUUGAGACAUGAUGCAAUUAUUAUCUCGGGAACUGAAAUGGCCAAACAAAUCCAGAAAGAAAUACAGCGAGGUGUGGAAUCUUGGAUUUCCCUUGGGAAUGGAAGACCUCACCUCAGUAUCAUUUUAGUGGGUGAUAACCCAGCAAGCCACACAUACGUCAGGAAGAAGGUCAAAGCCGCUGCUGCUGUAGGUAUCUGUAGUGAGAUCAUUCUAAAACCUAAGGAUGUUUCUCAGGAAGAACUUUUGGAUAUAACCGAUCAAUUGAACAUGGACCCAAGAGUCAGUGGUAUAUUAGUUCAGUUGCCACUGCCAGACCAUGUGGAUGAACGGACAGUAUGCAAUGGAAUUGCCCCGGAAAAAGACGUAGAUGGAUUUCAUAUUAUUAACAUUGGAAGACUAUGCCUGGAUCAGCAUUCUCUCAUACCUGCCACUGCUAGUGCUGUUUGGGAAAUUAUCCAACGAACAGGAAUUGAAACAUUUGGAAAAAAUGUGGUUGUGGCUGGAAGAUCCAAGAAUGCAGGGAUGCCCAUCGCCAUGCUUUUGCACACUGAUGGAGAGCACGAACGGCCAGGAGGUGAUGCAACUGUGACAAUAGCUCACAGAUAUACUCCCAAAGAACAACUGAAGAUCCAUACUCUGCUGGCAGAUGUUAUCGUAGUAGCUGCAGGUAUCCCAAAGUUGAUUACAUCUGAUAUGGUUAAAGAAGGUGCUGCUGUAAUUGAUGUGGGUAUCAACUAUGUCCAUGACCCAAUGACAGGAAAGACAAAAUUAGUUGGAGACGUGGACUUUGAAGCUGUUAAGAAGAAGGCUAGCUUUAUCACUCCAGUUCCAGGAGGCGUGGGACCCAUGACAGUGGCAAUGCUUCUCAAGAACACCCUUCUGGCAGCUAAAAAAAUCAUUUACUAGAUCACAUGAAAGAAUAAAGCAAACUGAAGUCAUGCUACGUAUCUAUUUGACA